AUGGAAUUAACACCGUAUUCCCCAACUGACUAUUCUGUUACUACAACAGAUGCUAAUGGUCAACGAUUACCUCCAAUUCGUUCGAGAACGGAUGAAGCUCCAGAAUAUAGAAUUCAUAAUACUCGUUAUACAUUACCACCUUCAAAUCUAGCUCGAGAUGUAUCUGAUCAACAAAUUGGUGAUAUUGAUUCGUGGCCAGCAAAUGCAAGUGGUGGUAGUGGUGCUUUUCGAAGUUUAGUAUUAACUAAUCAAGGUCGUCUAGUACCAGUGGGAACAAAUUUAAAAGGAAAAUUAGAUACAACACAUAAACCUAGAUUUUUAGCAGCUCUUGAAGAAUAUCUUUAUAGUGAAUUGAAAACACUUGGUGUUGAAGAUUCAGUCGCUAAUGAUUCACGUUUACAAGUUUUUCGUGAAAUAUUUUCAACAGUUAUUGAUGAUUUUAAAACUUAUAAACCACUUUUAUCAGCAAUUAAAAAUGAAUAUGAAAUGAUGUUAACACAUCUUUAUAAUAAAAUAAAUGAACUUGAACCACUUCGUCAACAAUUAGUUUUACUCAGUGAUCAAUGUGAUAAAAAAUUAAUGCAAUAUCGGAAAGAAGAACGAGCAGAUAUGUCAUUAUUAAAAGAAGAAAAAAAACGUUUACAACAAACUAUUCGUCAUAUAACAAAUCAAAAUCAAAAUCUUGAAGCAAAUAUUAAACGACUUCAACAAGAAGUAUCACAUCAAUAUGAACUGUAUCGAAAAGAACUUGAUUCAAGAAAAUUAUUAAUUAAUGAUGCAAAUGAUUUACGUGCUCAACAAGAACAACGUAAUGAAAUCAAAGAAGGAUUAGAUGAUCAAGGAAUGAAAAAAGAAGAUACAAUUAUGAUGAAAAUAUCUUUAAAACAAGCACGUAAAGAUCUUGAUAAAGCACUUGCUAAAAUAACAUAUAUGGAAGCUAAUUAUAAUGAUGUUGUACCACGACGUGAUUUUGUUGAAUUAGAAGUUAAAUCUAAUGAAUUUGUUGAACAAAUAAAAGCAUUACAAGAAAUGAUUGAUAAUCAAACUCGAGAACUCGAACAAAUGCGAACACAAAAUGAAAAUCUCAAAGAAGAUAUUCAAAAUAUACAACGUGAAAAAGAAGAAUUAAGUUCGAAAAAUGAAGGUGGUCAUGGUGGAAUGACUCCACGACCAGCAUGGCAUUUAGCAGGAGAAGUUAUUGAUGGUGGUGUUGAACGUUGGCAAAGUAUUACAGCAAAUAAAACAAGUCAAGAAAAACUUGUUUCAUUACUUAAUGAAUUUACUGGUGGUGGUAAUGAAGAUAAUCAAUCACAAAAUGGACCAGUGCCUGAUCAAUUAUCACCUCGUGGUGAAGGUGAACAAGUUCCAUUUCAUUUACGUUCAUCAAAAUCAGUCAAAAAUCGACGUUUAACACGUCGUGAUGUUGCUGUUCUUAUACAAGAAAUUUGGACUGAACGUCGUAUAUCAAAUAAUCAAGAUGGACGUACAAAACCUUUAUCGGAAUUUGUCUAUGAAUAUUUUCGUAAUCGAUAUGGAAAUCAUAAUACAGCCAUUGAAAUGGGUUAUAGUUUAGAUUAUGCAUGUAAACGUUUUAAACAUAAUGACAAUUGUCAAUUAUUUUAUCAAAUUUUAUGUGGAGAAGCUGAUGAAGAUAUUUAUCAUAAUACAAAAAAUCUUAUUGAACAACUUGGUGAACGUGUUAUUAAAGAAAGUGAAACACAUCCAAAUGGUUCUGUAACUAUGGAACAAUUUGAUGCCAUGUUAAAAUCAUUUCUACCCGAUAAAGCAGCGAAUGAUAUUGCUGAAUUAGUUACUGCUGCCGAAAAAGAACAGCCAAAUGAAGAACAAAUAGCAUUAGCAAAAUUAUUCUCUGUUGAUGAUGAAGAUAAUUAUGGAGAUUUUAUUCGAAUUUUAAAACGACAAUUAAAUGAAGAUAAACAAAGUUACAUUCAUGAUGUACAAGAAAAAAUUGAAAAUUCAAAUUCGGUGAAUGCAAAAGAUGUGGAACAAGCUAUACGUGCUGUAAAUCCUCAUAUUCGAAAUACUGAAUUAGUUCAUAUUGUACAAUGGAUAUUUGAAGCAAAAGAUGGAAGUCAAAUACCAUCAAUGAAUACACAUGAUGUUCUUCAACGCCUUCAAAAUGGUGUCUUUUAUCGACAACAUACAUUGUCAUCAUAA